AAUUUGACCUUCUUCAGCAUUGGUUUACUGACCUCCUGGGGGACUGCACUGCUGGGUGUUCGCUUAUACUGGAUGGGCAACAAGCCCCCAAGUUUUUCCAAUUCUGACAAUCCAGCAGCUGACUCAGACAGUUUUCUCACACGUACGCUCACCUUCUUUUACCUACCAACCAAGAACCUCUGGCUGCUACUGUGUCCAGAUACCCUCAGCUUUGACUGGUCUAUGGAUGCUGUGCCUCUUCUGAAAGCAGUCAGUGACUGGAGGAAUCUACACACUGUGGCCUUCUAUGCUGGACUCCUCCUCCUUACCUACUCUAGCUUGAAGGGCUCCAGCAGUGAGAGAGAAUGCAAUGGGAAAACUGUAAUGAACGGCAAGCAGAAUGCUAAUGGGCAUAGUUGUCAUUCAGAGAUGGAGUGCAAGACACUGGAGGUGAAGUCAAGUUUUGCUUCAAAAGAAGAGAAUGGUAUAAAAAAGCAUGAAAUGCAGAAACUGCAGCUUCCUUCAACUGAGAACAUUGUCAUUCUGUCUCUGUCUUUGUUAAUAGUGCCCUUUGUUCCUGCCACAAACCUAUUUUUCUAUGUUGGCUUUGUAAUAGCAGAGCGUGUGCUGUAUGUUCCUAGUAUGGGCUUCUGCCUGCUGGUUACAGUAGGUGUCAGGGCCCUUUAUGUCAAAGCCCAGAAGCGCUUUGUGAAGAACUUGAUUUUUUGUUCCACUGCUGCAUUAAUUGUUUUCUAUGGACUCAAGACUGUUGUCAGGAAUGGGGACUGGCAGAAUGAGGAGAUGCUGUAUAGGUCAGGGAUAAAAGUAAACCCUGCUAAAGCAUGGGGUAACCUUGGAAAUGUUCUCAAGAGCCAGGGCAAGAUUUCCGAAGCUGAAAGCGCCUACAGAAAUGCCUUGUACUACCGCAGCAACAUGGCUGAUAUGCUUUAUAAUUUAGGAUUACUACUUCAGGAAAACAGCAGGUUUUCAGAGGCAUUGCAUUACUAUAAACUGGCAAUUGGUAGCAGACCCACACUAGCCUCUGCCUAUUUAAAUACCGGUAUUAUCCUGAUGAACCAAGGGAAGACAGAGGAAGCCAGGAGGACUUUCCUGAAGUGUUCAGAGAUCCCUGAUGAAAAUCUGAAAGAUCCUCAUGCUCAUAAAAGCUCUGUUACUAGCUGUCUUUAUAACUUAGGAAAACUUUUUCAUGAACAAGGACACUAUGAGGACGCCCUUAUGGUUUACAAAGAAGCAAUACAGAAAAUGCCAAGACAGUUUGCACCACAGAGCUUAUACAACAUGAUGGGAGAAGCCUAUAUGAGAAUGAGUCGUCUGCCAGAAGCAGAGCGCUGGUAUGUGGAGUCAUUGCGAUCCAAGAGUGACCACAUUCCAGCCCAUCUCACCUACGGAAAACUGCUGGCUCUGACGGGACGCAAGAGUGAGGCAGAGAAGUAUUUUGUGAAGGCUAUUCAGCUGGAUCCUACCAAAGGAAACUGCUACAUGCAUUACGGUCAGUUCCUCCUAGAAGAAUCUCGCCUGAUAGAAGCAGCUGAGAUGGCAAAAAAAGCAGCUGAACUUGAUAAUACAGAAUUCGAUGUUGUUUUCAAUGCAGCCCAUAUGCUCAGACAAGCCAGUCUCAAUGAAGAAGCAGAGAAGUAUUAUGAAAUGGCAGCAGGAUUAAGACCUAAU